CCCCCCCUGUCCAUCCAACAUCAUAUAAAUUAACAAGCUGUUUCACUUAUUUUUAAUCUUCUUUGCCCCUUCUCUGUUUGUUUGUUUGUUUGAAUUUUUGAUGACUGCUCGCCUCGCUAUACAAGAAUCUUUAAUACAUAAUCCUCCACGAGCUCAAGGGAUCUCUGAUUAACCUUGCAUCUUCUUCCCUGAUCUGUGUCUGUAUGUCUGGUUGUUUCAGUUUAUAGUCAACCCACAGGUCGCCGAGGAGUCGAUUGCGUUACCGCGCGUAAUGCCUAUUACGCCUGCAGCUAUUAUCCGAACCCGAUCAUGCCAAUCCACAGACAGACAGCUCCUCAGCCUCCAGCUCGACCACCCAGAACACAAUCCCAACCAACUCCAACAAACCCAACCAGUCCCAACAGCAGACCCACAACUGGAUCAUUCCCACCUAACCAGACCGACUCAUGAACCGAACGAACACUAUCAUCCUAACAUGACUCCCUCUGCUGGAUUCCUCAGCCAUCCUUGCCGAUUCCCUCAUGAGGACCACCCUUCAGAUUCGCACUAUCAUACUCACGAUCACCAUCUGAUUCUCUCCCCCUCCGAUCAGAGGUGCUUGAUGGCCCCAGUCGCUCAGAUCACUCAAGAACCAUCCGCAGAUACCUUCUUUGCUUCCCAUAAAGCUCAUCGCUCUUUCCGAGGCGUAGUGGAAAAGUUUCAUCAAAACCCACCCAACCCACAAUUCGAUCAACCCUUCGAUUCCACCCAAUGGGCUCAUUGGUCACACCAAAACGAGGAGGAUAUCAAUCAGACCAGCGCCAUGAACCAAAAUCAAGUCUUGGAUGGAGGACAACCCUCGACUCAUUCAGACCCUGCUAUCAUCAGCCACCAAACCAUCCAACAGCCAACCGCCCCGUAUCGUACACGGUCUCUCGUUCAUCGUCUGGUCAAUCUGCCCGAUCCCGCCGAGCAUAAACCUCCAGCCCAGCCUUCUGAUUCUUCAACCCUGCAGCCGUUUUUUUAUGAUUGUCUUUCUUCUUCUCAAUUUGGUUCGUCUCGCUCAGCCAGUCACUCAAACUCAAUGCCGAUUGGCUCUGUCCAGGAUCUGCGAUCGGUCUUAAACAAGGACGAGCCCCCAGCCGAUUCCCAACGGAUCCAAUCUACCUUCGACACCAAUCGUAUCAAGGAUGGACUUCCGAGUAAUAGCCAUCACCUUCUAAACAGCCCCGAGCUUAAGACCGCUCAGAUCAAUCCCAACCGCUUGGCCCAAAAUAAUCAAAUCGAUCAAACUCCAGCCGACCCUGGUGCAACAGACUCAGAACACCAACCGCAUACCAGCCAGUCAAUUCAACCUAGUUCUCAAUCCUGCAAGUCUACCAAGACCGCUACCUGUAAACGAACGACCCCUCAAAAAAAUAAGGCCAGUCCGAAUCAUCACUUCGAACAUAAUUUUGCCGAUCCACCAAACCAUCCACCAUCAGACGACGCCGCUUCGAUCCUCUUGACAUUAUCUCGCCACGAUCAACCGAAACAUGGGAUGUCUCUAAGACGUGGUCGCGGUGGUGCUGGCUCGCGCGCCGAUCCUCAGCAAAAUGAUCCUUCCUCUGAUUCAAGACCCCCGGCGCCUCCGACUCCCAGCGGGCCUAGGUAUAGAACUCGGAGCCAAAUGAAUGAGGAGAUACAGCAGGACGAUCAACCUAUUAAUCAAGACUCGCCACCAGGCCCAAUCUCUUCCCAACAUCCUGGCAAUCAACCUGCCGCCGAUUCCUCCAGUAUUGCUCAGGGCCAAUCUCAUCUUGUACCUUCCAAUUUGGGCUAUGGGUUUCCGACAGGUCAUAAUCAAAGUUUGAUAUCGGUAUCCGGUUCAACUAGCGCUUCUACUUGCACCUCUCGUUCUAACACCGGUGAUGGCUCGGCACUCAAUAUCACCCCCGGUCAGGAGUCAUCGUUUUCUCUUUACAACUUGGUCAGUAAACCACAGAUCAGUUUCCCCGGACGACUUCAAUUCAAGACAUCCGCUGUCUCUACCCCAUUGAGUAUGACACACUCCAGUACUACCAACUCGAUCGUUCAUAGUGGUACCGCCAUGAUGGAUGAUGACGCCAAGAGCUCGUUUUCGAUCUCAACUCAAGCAACCAGUCUGAUUUCUCCGCCCGGAUACUUCUCCCGUCGCACUUUUCCUCCCGAGGUUCCCAUCGAUCCCCACUUUCCACGACUAUAUCGAUCAUUCUUUGUAUCCAGUGCGUUUGGCGACCGAGAACCGAUCAAAUCACAAGCCGAGGCCUACAAAAUCACUGUCAUGAAGGCCCCUCCAAACAGUAAUUUCAACACCCCUGCGCAUGGCUAUCUCGAUUUAUACACCCCCCGUUACGUCAAAGGUGUCGGUGCUGAAAAACUGGGCCUAUGUUGCAUCUGUGCUGAACCAAAAGAUCGAGGAGGGGGAGAUACAGCCUUGUGGCUCAAGAUGAAAGUUAGCAGCUAUUCGUACCAUCUAAGCUUUUUUCAUGGGAUCAACAACGCGGAUGGCUUGCCAUUUUCACCACCUGUGGAAAUCAGGCAUGUCAGACGAUGUCAUGUGGCUGCAAACGAGAAACUUGAAUUGAAAGAGGGUCGAUGUCACCAGUGUAACAAGUGGGUUCCGAUGGAAGGAGUCAAGAUGCAAGAAGUCAAAGUGCCAGAGCUCUUUUGGUGGAAGCACGCUAAGAGUUGCCACAAGUCCCGGCUAGCUGGUGAAUGUCACGUCCAUAUACCAGAUGAAAUUUUCGAUCUGGUCACCAGACAACAGCCCUGUAAUGGCUCUGGCGGUGGCUAUUUACCCGUUUCAUCAUGUUCGACGCCAUACUCCUACAGCUCGAACGAUCUGGCUACGUCAAACUCGCCCUAUGGUUCGCGUUAUCACCCUGCCUCUCCUGCGCCGACCUGCGCUUCGAGUGUGUCUCAGUCAGGCGGAAGUCGAGUCCAUCCUUCAGUUGCCGCUCAACGCGCAAGUGCUGGUCGCGUUUACAAGCGGAAAGCCAGCAAUAGUAGUCUCAGUGGCGCACGAGCAGCUAGUAGUAUUACUGGCGACCCCACCGAUUCUCCUCAAGCCUCCAACUGGCAGCCUCUUUCAUUAUCCACCGGUACAGCGGGCUCGACCAAUUCAACUCAACUCAUCCACCAGCAUUUUAUCCAACAUCCACAAUCUCCGACGCCAACUCACCCGAGUCAUCCUAUGCCAAACGGACGCAAGACUCGCCGUUCCAACAUGCUGAGUUAACCGGAUAUCGUCAAAAGACUCAUCGCCCCUCAAAAAAAAAAACCCCCCAAAAGCCUAUCGAAGGACAAUGUUAUAAAAUCCUUCGACUCAACUGAUCAGUCCCCUGGCCCCUUCACCCGACUUCCUAUGAAAAUGAAAUCGCUUGCCGUCGCUGCUGCUGCUGCUAAAGAUUCUGGAAAGAUUCAAGAGUCUCUGGUCUGGAUCAUUGAAGGCAAUUUUCAAGCUUGAAAACCAUCCCGAUCUGAUUUCUCUUUCUUUCCCCCCACUUUUUUUUUCUUUUUUUUUUUUGACUUGCUUCAAAGUAGAAUCUCAUCUGCCCAGAAUGAGUCGAUUAACAAAAGAUGAAAAAAAAACCCAAAAAAAUAUAGAAAAAAAUGAACAAGAUAAUUACAUAAAAAAAAAAAAGACAAAUGAAUGCCUGUCUGCAUGUUUGUUAAUUCACAUCCGGCAGAAUUCACACAUCGCGUCGUGGUUUCCAUGAAAAUCAAAAGAAGAAGUCAACAGGUGGUUUUCUCCAUAAGGGUCCAAUUAAUGAUCGAUCUGGCCGAGUGCGCUUUGUUUUCCGACCGGGUUCCUAUCAAACUCUAAUGUACUUUCCAUCACUUCUUCCAAUUGCCCCUGCCCCCCUCUCAUUCACCCUCUCUCCCCAUCCCAUCCCCAAGCACACACAAGAUAUAAUAUAAGAAGACGUGAAUAAUAUAUUAAGAUUUUAUUAGUUGCUUUGCAAGAAAACUUAUGUAUGUUUGUGUGUGUGUGUGUUAGUGCGUAUGCAUGUGUGAUCUGUGUGUGUGUAUGUGCAUGUGUGCAUGUGUUUCUGUGGUUGGUAAAAGGUAUGGACCCCCCCCCCAACCAACUCUGUUGUCAAAUGCGUGCUUGGUUAUGAGAAGAGCAGCAAUAUACCUAAUAGAUAUUUAUACCAUCUUCCUUGUCAUUGGUCUAAAGGCCUGAAAAAGCUUGGGUGUUGAUCUACCUUCAGCCUGUCUCACUUUAUUAAGCCUGUUCAUGCUGAUAACCGUGUCCCAUGAUCCAUGUAGUAGUUGAUACUACUACUACUACUACUACUUUAUUUAUGUAUAGAUAAAAAUAAGAAAUUAAUACAUAUUCA